UAUAUGUGCGGUAUAUUAAUUUAUGCGAAUGUUUGGUUUCGUACAGUACAACACGUGCUUUGGUUUAAUAAAUUAGGUUUUUUAGUGAAUUACCUGAUCUUUACUGUCAAAAAUGGGUAAAAUCAAAACCGAAAAGUUGGACACCGACAUGGACAUGUCGGUUGUAAAGGAGGAAGACACAUAUGACGAAAAACUUCGUAACGCAAAUGCUAUCUCCCAGCCGAUGGCUUCUAAGAAACUUACAAAAAAGAUCCAUAAACUUAUUGAAAAAGCAUCGAAGCACAAAACUUACCUUCGGAACGGUCUCAAAGAUGUCCAAAUUAGACUUCGUAAGGGAGAAACAGGUUUGGUCAUUUUCGCCGGAGAUGUGACACCUGUAGAAAUUAUGUGUCACCUGCCAGCUGUUUGUGAGGAACGUAAUAUUCCCUACUGUUAUACCCCAAGCAGAAAAGAUUUGGGCGCAGCGAUGGGUGUGAAACGAGGAACCGUUGCUAUGAUGGUCCGUGAGCAUCCUGAAUACCAGGAACUGUACGAUAAGUUAAAGGUAGAAUUAAACGCACUUCCGAUCCCAUUAUAAUCGAUAUCAACCCUAAGGGUAAUGUAUUUUCAUUUUUUUUUUGGUUAUAUUUUUAUACCCUGAACCGUACAUGGCGGCAUUAUGUACAAACACUGUUUGAAAUAGAAUAACUUAUAAUUUUAAUGAA